CCUUGUCUCUCUUUUUCUUUUUCUUUUUCUUUUCCUUUUCCUUUUUUUCUUUGUCAUUACCUUCCUUCCUUCCUUUCCUUCUUCGUUCCUCAUUCAUCAACUCCUCAUUCAUCCUCUCCCCCCCUUCCAUUGCAAAACAACCUCCUCUUUGCAUCGUUUCAUAUUUAAAUAUUUGUGAGACCGUUCCUGAACAGAAAACAAGUUUUCCAAUCAGAUUUUCUUUCUCUUAUCACUACACAUAUUCCUAUGUCCCACUUGUCUUUUGACUGACCUUUUUGACGACACUUGACGAUAUAAUUCAUUCAUUCACCAACUCCCCUCCUAUCAACCUCAACUCGGCCCAACUCUUGUUUUCUCGACUCUGUUCUCGCUUUAUAAAGCUUUGAUAACCCUUGGAACAUAUACAAACACCACCUUAUAAAAAAGAGACAGGGGUUCUGAAAUAACCAUAAAGAACAUCCAACAUGACGAGUAUCAGUCAAGCGGAAAAAAUUGCAGCCAUCAACGAGCUGCAACCAACAGCUCUCGCUACCAACUUGGGCAUUAAUGUUGGUCUCUCACUUCUCACACUUGGGGCUUUUUGCUGGCUUCGACCCAAGAAUGGAGUCAUCUAUGCACGAAAAUAUAAAGCCUCGCCACAAGAUAAACGAGCACCAAGACUCGAGGAAGGAUGGUUUUCAUGGAUGAAACCAGUAUGGAGUUGUCCAGAUGAAGUUCUUAUGGACAAGAUCGGACUUGAUGCUGUAGUCUUUAUACGGUUUCUGCGGAUGUGUCGAAAUGUAUUCAUUGUCAUGGCAAUUAUAGGGUGUUGUGUCCUCAUUCCUAUUAAUGUCAUCAUUACAAAACGAGUACAAAUGGACGGGAAAGAGCCAACAGACAAAAUUGGAAUGCUGACGAUGGCGGGUGUCGAAGAAAAGAACUGGCUCUGGGCUCAUGUCGCCGCUUGCUGGUUCUUUAGCUUACUCUUGUACUAUGCCACAUUCCACGGCUACAAGACUUUCCUCAAAUUCAGGAUCCAUUACUUCCAGAGCGAGGCCUAUCAAGAAGAAAUGGCCUCGAGAACUUUAAUGUUGGCGGGAUUGCCUUCCUCGUUACAGAGCGACGAUAAACUAGCCAACUUCAUGAAUGGUAUGGGUCUACCUGAGAAAGCUGUCCUAGCGCUUGUGGGCCGUAAGGUUGACAAGUUACCAGAGCUCAUGGAUAAGCACAAGCAGAUGGUCAAGGCGCUGGAGAAAGUUGUUGCCAAGUACUAUGCAGACCCCAACAGACUGCCUUCCAAGCGUCCGACAGUGAGAGCAGGAGGACUCUGUGGCUCCAAGAUCGAUGCCAUUGAUUUUUACUCUCAGCGGAUUGAAGAACUGACGGAUCAAAUUGAAAAGACACGCAUGCAGGUCAAUACAUCUCAACCUACCAACUAUGGAUUUGUUUCCUAUGAAACUAUCCAUGCCGCCCAUCGCGUUGCAAAGAUCUUGAGCGACCCUUUGGAGCUCCGCAAGCGAUCCAAAAUGAUUGAUCCCCCUGAUGUUUUUCUCUCACCUGUACCAAAGGACAUCAUUUGGUUCAACGUCUCCAACCCAAAACAAUUGCGCAAGUCUCGCAAAGUUAUCGUCAACACUGCAUUUGUGGUUUUCUCUCUAUUAUUCUUCAUCCCUAUGGGCUUAUUGACCACGAUCGCCAAGUUGGAGCGCAUCGUCGCAAUCUUCCCAGACUUGGGGGAGUACUUUAAGGAUCACAAAUUUGCCGCCAGUAUGCUUCAGUCACUGUUACCAGUCUUGAUCAUGGACAUUCUUCUCCACAUUGUCCGUAAGAUCAUCGUCUACUUAGCUUGGUUCCAGGGCAGCAUCACUAAAUCUAGUAUGGAUCGAUCCACGCUUGCCAAGUUCUAUCUGUUCUUCACCAUCAACAACUUGAUCAUCUUUGCAAUUUCAGGAAUGAUUUUGGGUUUUUACUCGGACAUCAAGUUGUUCUUGUCUUCCUUCAAAUUCUCGUUGGCAACUUGGUCGUUGAUCAAGGAUUUCGUGAAUCGCCAGGAUAACAUUGUGCAAUUACUCUCCCAGAAAGUGAUCGAUACCAGUUUAUUUUGGGUCAACUACAUCUCACUUCGCAAUUUUAGUGCCCUCUUAGACUUGUCCCAAAUUGUGUCCUUGAUCUUAUACUGGGCCAAGACCACAGUGACACCUCGGGAGAGCAAGAACAUGAACAAGCCUGAUGUCUUUGACUUUCCAUUGUAUUUUUCUGCCCACAUGUUCCUCCUCACAGUCGCCUUGUUGUACUCUGUGGUUGCUCCUUUAAUUUUGUUUUUCACUGUGGUUUACUUUUCGUUGGCCUCACUCACUUACAAGUACCAGCUCAUGUACGUCUUCCGUACCAAGAUCGAAACUGGCGGUCGCCUCUUCCGUGUAGUCUACAAUCGUCUCUUAGCUGCACUGAUCCUCUUCCAGAUUGUCAUGAUUGGUGUUCUUAAUCUUAAGACCGCCCACACGCAUUCCUUGGCUCUGAUUCCUCUUCCAAUCUUGACCAUCCUGUUCAAGCUGUUCCUCUCUAAAAGAUACAACUCCAAGAUUGACUAUUAUGAUUAUGGUAUGGCUCGUGAUGAGAGACAUCUGUUCAAGAACAAUAAGAGCAAGGGUAAUCCUUUGCUCAUUAGCUUUGAGAACCCCGCCCUCAAGUCCAAGGUCGUUGCUGCACUCGUCCCUGAUGGUGCCAAGAAGAUAUUGAGCCAAAAGGUUCUCAACGGCGAAAACAAGUCCUCGUCUACGCCCAAGGAAGGAAAGAGAUCUGCCAGUGCUGCUCGCGUAGGUAGUCAUAGCAGAACGCCAAGUCAAGGUGGCAAGAACUCAUCCCGUACUCAGCACAACAAUGAUGAAAGUUAUGAAAUGAGUCAUGUCUCCAAGGGAUCUGAGAAAUAUGGACGCGUUCAGUCUCCUACUCGUCAACAGCAACGAUAUGAUUAUGACUCCACUGAUCAACAUUUUGAUGAUCAGAAAGAGUCUUUGACGAGAUCAGCCACGCAUCAAUAUGGAGAUACCUACAACAGCAGCACUAACAAUAAGGCGGUCUAUCAGCCACCGACUCCGAAAAUCCAUGGUGCUCAAGAUAUGACUUCUUUCGUCGCUGGACGCUAUCGUGCAGAUCGUGCUGCUGAUCCUUAUAGCUACAGCACGCGAAGCAACAACAAUGGUGCUGGUUCCGGAAAUGGAGCGGAUUUUAUGGAAAAGGCCAAAUCUUAUCAGACAGACAGCUACAAGACCACUGGCAAAGCAAUGCAGUAUGAAGAUAAGAGAGCCCUGCAUCUCCCACCUAUCAAAAUGCCUGCUCAUAGGAACCGGAGUGGUGGUCAACAACAGCCACCUGUGCAAUCACAUGAGAACAAUGAUUCGCCCUCAACGCCUACGACUCCACGGCCAUCAUCAAGGAAGGCGCUUACUCACAAUCCUUCAUCCGGCGCUGCUCGCGGCACUAGAAACAACAACAGAGAGCUUCAGCACUCUUCAUCAUCUCCAUCGCUUAACAAGUACGAUCGGGAUGACAAUGAUACUGAUCCAUCUUAUUCAUCACCCAAUGUCAAGGCUAUGGCUCGUGCUUUGACUCAAAGCAGUCUAAACCAAAGCACACAGCAAGCUUAUGAUAAGAGCAACGUCCGCCGCCAAUAAUGCCAAGACAUUUGUAUAAAUAAAUCCAUCCCUCUAUAGUUGACUCCAUACUCUUGUUUCUCAUCCAUAAUAAAAUAUAUUGAAUAUAGUAAAACAAAAUU